AUGCUGAUUGAAUAUAAUGACAGUGUUCAGGAGGGUAACGACUUGUGUCUGGUGGGUGAAUACACUGAACAAGACGACGAGCCUGUAAAGAAAGUUUGUCAGUUUAAGCGCAGUACGCUGCGUCAGUGCUCAGGUCUACCCGACACCAGCUUUGGAUAUGCUGAGGGAAAACCAUGCAUCAUCAUCAAGAUGAACCGGGUAAUCGGACUGAAACCACGGGGAGACCCCUACAUCAGCUGUACUGCCAAGAGAGACAGUCUGUUAGAGAUGCAGUACUUCCCCUCAGAAGGUCGUCUGGAUAAAAUGUUCUUCCCGUACUAUGGCAGGAAAGCUCAUUCUGACUAUGUGCAGCCGCUGGUCGCAGUGCAGUUGUUGUUAUCCAAAGAAGACUUCAAUGUCGAGCAGACCGUGGAGUGUAAAAUCGAGGGUUCAGACCUGCGUAACAACGAUGACCGGGACAAGUUUUUGGGUCGUGUCAUUUUCCGGGUCAAAGUGUCUGAGUAACUGGAUCCUACAGUUGCCAUGGAGACCACAAACUGGGUUUAACUUGGAGAUCGACGUCCAGUUUUAGACACUUUGAAAUCCAGACCUGAUCUUAUCCUGGACAUCUGAAUGUGGUUUAUCCUGUUCAGACUCUAUGAGGAAACCAGAUCUGGACCACUGACAGCUCAUAAUGGUUACGCUUCCAGAACCCUUUAGACCUGAUUGUGGUGUGGUCCAGAUCUGGAUCAGACCUAGACCUUAACCUGAACCCUGGUGUGGGUGUUUGAUUCAGUGGUGUAAAUGUGCUCCUCUGUUAUCCAAACAGAAAACAGUGUGACUAAUGUAUUCAGAGAGUUGGAGCAGAUCAGGUCUGUGGUGGAAGCAUGUCCAGCCAGUUGCACAAUGAUGUGUUGUUUUUUUAAUUUAUGUAAAAUAGUGAUGUAAUGAAAACAACAAUAAGAGCCCAGCAGCUUGGCACAAACUGAGUUCACCACAGAAAGAUGACGGAAAAAUCAAGUCUGAUUCAAUGACUUUUCUUCUACAGUGAAUUAUUAAUGCCACAGUAACGUCCUUUAUACAUUUUUAUUUAUAAUAAUAAUAAUAAUAAUAAUGAUAAUAAUAAUAAUACUGCCUCCAAGUUUUCAACAGGAAGUGGACUCAGAGAGCAGAAACUAUGAAGACCUUUGAGGAGGGUUUGUUGGGGUUUUUGCUAUCAGAUGAAAAUAUUUCAAACAAAAGUUUGAUGUAGCAGCAGGAUGGUUUGACAGUAAUGUGAUCAUUGAUUAUCCAUACAUAAACCUUAUUAAUAACAACAUUAAAGUAUUUCAGUUCACACAAAGAUUUCAGUGUCAGUACAAAGUUUUCACAGAUAAUUUCAACGUAAAUUCAGAAAUGUCGGGACGUUUAUUCCCUGAUUUAAAGUGAAGCUUCAGGGUUGAAGUUGUUAAUGUAGGAAAAGUGUUAAUCUGUAACUGAUAAUAAUGAAGAUAACAGGUCCUGUAGAGGGUUGUCUGUUUGACACACAGCUGCAGUAAAGUGAAUUAACACCACACUGUGAUGAAGAACACCGCUCCGGCUGCUGGGACACCCCCCCCCCCUGUACUUUUAAAUAUACUUUAUGAAUAUAAUGAGUUGUGUCUGUGUAUUUUCAACCUGUUGUUGUACAGUUUUUAUUGUAUGUGAAUUUCAGUGCGAUUCCAACGAUUACUGUAGUGUGAGUAUUGACCAUGAUAACAUCAACAAUAGAAAUCCAAUCAUUUGCAGCAAACAACAUCUCAAUGUUGACAUCAUGUGAUCGUUUCUAGCUUGAAUGAAAGAGACUGAAUGAUGGUUUAUUGUUUGUAUUCUUUCAUCAGAAACUGGUGAUGAUGUAUUUACACUGCUGCAAUUAAAACAGAAAGAUACAGAGUAAGAUGUCAUUAUUAAAACAGUGAUUCUCAUCGACUGUAUCAGACCAUGUUUUGAUGUGCACUUUG